AUGGGUUUAGACCCUCCUCCUGGCUGCAAUCUGUCUAUAAUGAAGAUGGAAUCCCUUCAUCACCAUUUCUGCAAAGUAAACUCAAUGUUGUAUUCUGGAUGGGAAUCUCUUCGGAAAGUUCGAGUAACUCCCAAUACUCCUACAAACAGUUCUCUUUCAAAGCAAAGCCUAGCAUAUCUGCAGGCAAGCCGCCAGUAUAUAAAAGAGUUGAAAAGUUCAUCUGAGGAUGAUGUGAUCAAAAUGCAACCAGGAUCCAGCGAAACUCGUGUUGUAUGUAGCUUCUCUAACUCCUUAUGCAUCUUUUCCUCCAUACAUCCUUUUGCUUCACUUCUCUCAAAUGCUUGCUAUCUUAUAUUUUUAAUCCUUGCUCCAUACCCUGUGGAAAAUUUCUUUCCUGAUAUUUUGCUGCACAGCUUACCUGAUGGGCUUCGCGAUGAUUUGAUUGUCAGAGUUCUUGACUCCAAGGGGCAGUAUUGUGGCCAUGCCCUAGCACAAGUGGUCUCUCUUGCUGAUGACCCUGGUGACAAACUUCGAUGGUGGCUGUUAUAUCGUGAGCCAGAACAUGAGCUUGUUGGCAGAGUGCAACUGUAUAUACACUAUUCAACCAGUCAAGAGGAGAAUAACCUAAAGUGUGGUUCUGUUGCGGAAACUGUGGCAUAUGAUUUGUUGUUGGAAGUUGCAAUGAAAAUUCAGCACUUUCAGCAAAGAAAUUUGUUGCUACAUGGCCCUUGGAAGUGGUUGGUGAAUGAAUUUGCAUCAUACUAUGGAGUAUCUGAUGCAUAUACCAAGCUAAGAUACCUUGCUUAUGUUAUGGAUGUGGCUACACCAACUGAAGACUGUCUUACAGUAAUACAUGAUUUACUAUCUCCUGUGAAGGGCUAUAACAAGCACAAAUUAAGUCACCAAGAGAACCGCAUCCUUGGAGAAGUUGAGGAUCAGGUACAGCAGAUUUUAAUUGAGAUCUUUGAGAAUUACAAGUCAUUGGAUGAAUCAUCGCCAUCAGGGAUGAUGAGUGUUUAUAAGGCUGCCACUGGAGCACCAGCUCCUGCCCUGGUCCCUGCCAUCAAGCUCUAUAACCUAUUACAUGAUAUAUUAACUCCUGAGAUACAACAAAAGUUAUGUGGAUAUUUUCAGGCUGCUGCGAAAAAGAGAUCUAGAAGGCACCAAGCUGAAACAGAUGAGUUCAUUUUGAGCAAUAAUGACGGAGCAUUGAUGGAUCCCACGACUCUUUCAAUGUCUUAUCAGAAGAUGAAAACUUUAAUUUUGGGUAUCAAGAAAGAAAUUUUCACUGAUAUAGAGAUCCACAAGCAGAAUAUUCUUCCUAGUUUUAUAGAUCUUCCAAACCUUUCAGCACCCAUAUACAGUUUGGACCUUUGCAGACGGUUGCGUGCGUUUCUUGUUGAAUGCCCUCCUCCUGGCCCUUCUCCUCCUGUAAUGGAACUGGUUAUUGCAACAGCAGACUUUCAAAGAGAUAUGUCUUCCUGGAAUAUUAAACCUAUAAAAGGGGGAAUUGAGGCAAAAGAGUUGUUUCACUCUUAUAUAACAAGUUGGAUUGAAGAGAAGCGACAUUCUUUACUUGACUCAUGCAAACAAGAUAAGGAUUGGAGAAGAAGAGGAACGACGAGGAAAUAUCGAAGGAGAUUUGGGAAAUGAAGACUGAGGGUUGGGCAUUGAAGACAACAAUUGGGAAUUCAUCAUGUGAGAGGCACGGGGUUACUUACAUUAUCAGAAGAGCUGGGCAAGCAGCAGGGCGAGCAGUAAGGAAGUCUGAAGGAGCAGCCCAAUAUCGAAGGCCCAAUACCUGAGAAAGAAAGAAAAGAAAGAGAGGAAUC